CUGGUAGCGGCGUCCUCCAGGCACGGCUCGCCAGCGCCCCCCUCUCUUCCCUCCCCGUCUCCUUCUCCAUCCUCAGGUCCAAGAUGGCGGCGGUGGCGGCUCCUACGGCUCCAUCUCCGCCUCCCCCGCCCCCGUCGGGCCCGUGCUGCCCCGGCUCGUGGCCGAACUUCGCCGUGGUCUGCUCCUUCCUGGAGCGCUACGGGGCGCUGCUGGACCUGCCCGAGCUGCCCUUCCCCGAGCUGGAGCGCGUCCUGCAGCCGCCGCAGGAGCCCGGGGACCAGGUUCCAAAAGAGUUGGUAGAACUUCACUUGAAACUGAUGAGGAAGAUUGGGAAGUCUGUCACAGCAGACAGAUGGGAAAAAUACUUGAUCAAGAUAUGCCAAGAGUUCAACAGUACUUGGGCAUGGGAGAUGGAGAAGAAAGGAUACCUGGAAACGAGUGUUGAAUGCAAAUUGGGAAUUCUGAAGUACCUCUGUGAGUGUCAGUUUGAUGACAAUCUAAAAUUUAAGAAUAUCAUUAAUGAAGAGGAUGCUGAUGCUAUGCGUCUCCAGCCAAUUGGUCGAGACAAGGAUGGUCUAAUGUAUUGGUAUCAGCUGGAUCAAGAACAUAAUGUGAGAAUGUAUGUAGAAGAACAGGAUGACCAGGAUGGGUCUUCUUGGAAAUGCAUCGUCAGAAACAGAAAUGAGCUAGCUGAGACGCUUGAGCUUUUGAAAGCACAAAUCGAUCCUGCACUGUUGAAAAAGAACAACCAGCAGGACAGCUCAUCACAUGAAAGCCCUAGCAUAGAAGAUGAAGAUAGCAAAAAGGAGGAAGAAAUAUCUCCACCAGGGAAUGAAUUAAAAAUAAAAGAAGAAAAGGAGAACAUGGAGGAACAGUCAAAGGAAUUGGAAAGCCUUCCUCCACCUACAGUUCCAGCAGAUGAAAACACGAUGAAAGUGGAGAAAGUGGAAGAAAAGGAAAUUAUGAAACUGCCUGUCAUAGUAAAGCUAGAGAAACCUUCAGAAAACAAUGAGGAAAAGCAGAUUACCAAAGAAGAAAAUGAUUCCUUUAAAGAAAAUGUCAAGCCUGUUAAAGCAGAAGUGAAGGAAAAUAAAGUAGAACCAAAAGAUUUAAAAGAAGUAAAAAGCAGCACAGAUAAAAUAACAGUUCAUGAGCCUGAGAGAUUUGAGUUUUGUGUCAAUGUCAAAACCCCUCAAGAAGUUGUGGAGAAAUCUGCAGAAGAAAGUGAGAAACUUAAAAAUGACCAGCAGGCAAAGAUACCACUGAAAAAGCGAGAGAUCAAGCUGACAGAUGACUAUGACAGUCCAAUAAAGGGGUCCUUGUGUAAAUGUGUUACUCCAACAAAGGAUGUCUUGAAAGAGGAAGGAAAAUCAGAGGAGGAGGGUUUUAGACGAGUCCCUACAAUCACUGCUUUAUGUCCUGAUGGGAAAUUGCUAGUAAAUGGAGAGGUUAGCAGUGAAAAAGUCGCCCAAAAUGUCACCCAAAAUAAUAAGUCAGAACAUUCCAUUAGCACAAAGGAAGACAGCAGCAGCUCAUCAAAGGAGAAAAAUUGCAUCAGUGGGGGGAAAAUAUCAGACUCUUUAAACUCUGUUAGCAAAAUUGUGAAAACAUGUGAAGAUAAUGUGCCUACAGACAAAGAGGUAGCUGCUAUGGUCUCUGAGAUCUCCAAUCAGAAAGUGCCUUUAAAGGAGGAAUCUAGUCCUAUGGAAAAAGAGUCCCUCGACAGUAUGACUUCUGAGGUGGCAAUGGAGGACUCUUGGAAAGCAGGAUAUUGCCCCAAGAAACCUGAAGAUAAAUUAGCUUUGAAAACUAGGAAGGACAGACGACCACCACUCAAAGAAUGUUUAGAAAAGCUGGAAAAGUCCAUGAAGACAUCCACUCCUAAGGAGCCUCCCAAGCUUGAGCUAACGGAUGAAGAGGGUUUGAAAAGCAAAAAUGAACUGGAGAAGAAAUCUGACUCUCCAAAAGCAGCUGAAACUCCUCCAUCGUCUAUUCCUCCUGUUCCUUCCGAGAAAUCUGCUUUAGAAAAAGAGGGCUCAGAUUCCAAAAACAUGCUUCCCGAUGAAAGCAAAGUUCAGGAAGGAUCAGAUUCAGAAAAACAAAAGGAGGAAUUUGAAGCAACCCAGACAGAACCAGAUAAACAAGAUAAAGCCCAAACCUCUAAUAUAGAGGAAUCUUCAGAGUCUAAAAAGGAAUCUGCAGUACACAAAAGCAAAUUUAAAUAUAAACUGGUUUCUGAAGAGAACAUCUGUGUAACAGAUAACAAGGAAAUAACCUCCGAGAGGCAGAAGGAAGGGAUCAAGUUAACCAUCAGGAUCUCCAGUAGAAAGAAAAAGCCUGAUCCACCUCCAAAGACUCAGGACGCCGAGAAGAAGGAAGAGGAGGAAGUCAAUGUUGGUCGCACUUUAAGGAGGUCUCCAAGAAUAUCUAAACCUACUCCAAAAGUGGUGGAGACUCGGGAUCAGAAAACUGACAAAAAACGAAGUGAGGAAGAAGAGGAGAAACUGGCAGUGCUGCAAAAGCAAGACCGAAGAGAGGAUGUGAAAAAGCAAGAGAAGGAGUCCAAUUCUAAAGUCACACAGAGAAGCAAAGUGCGGUGGACAGGUACUCGAACACGUGGCAGGUGGAGAUAUUCAAGUAAUGAAGACAGCGAGGAAUCUGAGUCCGAAGAAAACUCUGAGGAGGAAUCUGCGAGGGAAGAGGAAGAAGAGGAACCUGCACCUGCUGAUGAUGAUGAACCAUGCAAGAAGUGUGGCCUUCCCAAUCACCCUGAGCUAAUUCUGUUGUGUGACUCUUGUGACAGUGGAUACCACACAGCCUGCCUUCGACCCCCAUUGAUGAUAAUCCCAGAUGGAGAGUGGUUCUGCCCACCUUGCCAACAUAAAUUACUCUGUGAGAAGUUAGAAGAACAAUUGCAAGAUCUGGAUGUUGUCUUGAAAAAGAAGGAGCGGGCAGAGCGAAGGAAAGAGCGAUUGGUGUAUGUGGGUAUCAGUAUUGAGAACAUCAUCCCACCACAAGAGCCAGAAAUACCAGAAAGUCAGGAAGAAAAGAAGAAAGAUUCCAAAAAGUCAAAAUCAAAACGGCUUGAAAGGAGGUCUACUAGAACACGGAAAUGCAUAAGUUACAGAUUUGAUGAGUUUGAUGAGGCAAUUGAUGAAGCAAUAGAAGAUGAUAUCAAGGAGGCCGAUGGAGGAGGUGGUGGCAGAGGCAAAGACAUGUCUAAUAUCACAGGUCACCGGGGAAAAGACAUUUCCACCAUCCUAGAGGAAGAAAGAAAAGAAAAUAAGCGGCCACAAAGGGCGGCUGCAGCACGUCGCAAGAAGCGACGGCGACUGAACGACCUCGAUAGUGAUAGUAACCUGGAUGAGGAAGAGAGUGAGGAUGAGUUCAGGAUCAGCGAUGGAUCUCAGGAUGAGUUUGUUGUAUCAGAGGAAAACCCAGAUGAAAGUGAAGAUGAUCAGCUGUCAAAUGAAGACAGUGAUACAGAGUUCUGUGCCCGUAGACCCAGGCGACACCACUCCAGGCCAAUGAGACAAAGCAGGCGGUUACGAAGAAAAACAGUCAAGAAAAAAUAUUCAGAGGAUGAUGAAGAGGAAGAUUCUGAGGACAAUUUAAGUAGGGAGUCUGAAAGUGGUGAUUACACAGAUUACAGUGAUGAUGAUUACCUGGAAACUAGGCGGAGAAGAUCAAGGCGGAAUCAGAAGAGACAAGUUAACUAUAAGGAGGAUUCAGAAAGCGAUGGCUCACAGAAAAGUGUUCGCUACGGAAAGGAGUUAAGACGACUUCAUAAACGCAGGCUUCCCAGUUCAGACAGUGAAGAGAGCUACAUGUCCAAGAACUCUGAAGAUGAUGAACCAGCAAAGGAAUCAAAGCAGUCUAUUCGAAAACGUAGCCGAAGUACAGACGAAUACUCAGAAGAAGAGGAGGAGGAUGGGGACGAACCAGAGGAGGGGGGGAGACCUGUCCGCAAACGGCUGAAUCGAAUUGAAACAGAUGAUGAAGAUAACUGCGACAAUGCGAACAAAGAUGCAGAAAAGCCUGCACCUGCAAAUAAGCCAUCAGCACCUCAUGCUCCUCAUGACAGCACCAAGAAGCCCUGCUACCGGAUAGAAAGUGAUGAUGAAGAUGACUUUGAUAAUGUAGGGAAAGUAGAAAGCCCGUUGGACUACAGCCUAGUGGACUUGCCUUCCACCAAUGGACAGAGCCCAGGUAAAACUAUUGAAACCUUGAUUGGCAAACCAAGUGAGAAGACUCAAGCCCCCAAGGACAGCACAGCCAAUGCCAACCUGGCACCCAAUGGGACGGGGGGUGGUCAGGAGGUAGUAGGGCCAGAGGAAGAGGAGGAUGAACUUUUGAGAGUGACUGACCUUGUUGAUUACGUCUGUAACAGUGAACAGUUAUAAGACUUUCUUCCAUUUUUGUGCUAAUUUAUUCCACGGUAGCUCAUACCAGCGGGCCAGUUAUUAAAAGCUGUUUUAUUUUUCCUAGAAGACUCUCCACUACAGUAUCACUUUUUAGAAGCAAGAAUUUCACCAGUUCUGCAGUCUUUCUGUGAAGUGACCAGUUUUGAACUUUGAAGAUAAAUUGCUGUAAAUUCCCUCUUAAUUUUUUUUCUCUCCUUCCAAGUCCAUGGUCCUGGGUAAUUUCAUUCACAAAAACCUUAUAACAACAAGAGAUUUGUAUAUUUUUGACUUUAUAUUUCCUGAAAGCAUACAAAUUUGUUGAAACAUGUGGCCUAUGAAAGCAUUCCAAAUCGGUCAGGGCCCAAAACGUAACUGGGGCAGGGGGCAGCGGGAGGCGGGAAUGGGGGCGUGUGUGCAGAAGCACUUGUGCUUUAGCUUUUUCAUAUGAGAUAUAUAUUAUAUUUAAAUGUUCACAACUUAGAUUACAAUUUAACAGACAGUUUAAAAAUUAAUGUCUCUACUGUUGCAUUUUGUGAGUUGUAGGUUAACAUACAUAGCUCAUUUUAGUAACCACCUUCAUGAAAGCAGCUUGAUUUAAGAUUGGAGAUAACCACAGUAAAUAAAGAGGCCAAGAAAAUACAAUAAACAAGAACUCUAGUAUCCAUUUUGACUUGCAGAGUUUCCUGAUAAACAUCCUUUAAAGUGUUUGUACAGUAAAGUGUACUGUAAUGAAGUUUUGACGGUCAAAACAUGCUAGCAAUGAAUUUAUAAAACAGUUUUUCCAUACAUUUUUCAUCAGAUGGCCUUUAAUGUACAGUAUCUGGUGGGAGGGAAUCUGUGUGAAGUUAGUUUGUAAAUGGAAUGAUACCAUGUGAGUGCUGUAAACUUUUCACAGAUGCCAGAACCGCUGUAUAAAGUAACUGCCUGGCCGUUUUGAGUUUUAAAUCAUCUAUCAGAGUAUUUUGAAAGGAAUACGUUUGUACAUACUGCAUUGACCACAGGAUUACAGCACAUCUGAUGAUGGAGGGAUUUUCAAACAAACCUUGACUGGUCCAUUCAUGCCCCUAAUAUCUACUUCAAAUUGAAGUAAACAAAUGGAGCAGUUUUCCUUUUGAAGGUUUUCUGUUUUGGAUUUGUGUGUUUCUGUUUUGAUUUACUUAUCUGCCUGGAUGUACUAGCAGGUUUUGAAUGUAGUGUUGGCCUUUGGCCAUUAGAAUUUUCUUAAAAUACAUUUUAAUAGUUGUCACGUGACCAACUGAUUUCAAGAAGGCAGUAUUUCUGUGAGAAAAUGCUUGACUCCAAGACAAUAUCUCAUCACUUUGAGUGGCAUGUACAUUAGCUCAAGUGUACAGAUUUUUUUUAACAGUUUAUUUGGCACAUAAUAGACAGUGAAGCUGAAGUUUGUUUUGGAUAGCACUCAGUUUUCUCUUCGCUCUUAAUUAAGAUGUAGGCUGUAAAGUUUAUACUUGUUGUAGCCCACAGCUAAAACAUAGCUGCCAAAUGUUGAAAUCUGAUAAGGUCACAUCUGUUAAACCUUUUGCGCUGAGAUUUGGAUUCCUCCUCCCUCCCCCUCCUCCGGUGUUAUGUCCAUUGCCGGCAAUGGAUGCACCAAAUUUGCUGCUGGCACCAAGGAGUGAAUUCUCCUUCCUACCCCACCCAAACCUCCUCAAUGUCGUAUUGACUAGUCAGUCAGUAGUUAAGCACUUCUGUUUCAUUGUAAUAAAACUGGCAUUAGGCCUUUACUAAAUACCUCUCUAGAAAACCUAGAUCCAAAAAUACCUACCUUCUAGCCUUGAAAGUCCUUGUUUUUGUUUUUCCCCUCUGUCCAUGUUAGUUCUGUAGAACCGACUGCAUUAACGUUAUUUCAUUGGGAUUCUAGCAGUUCAUAUAUCCUCAUAUAUAAAACUAAAACCAUCAAAGAUGCAAAAGGUUAGGACCCACUCAUCGUUUGCUAUGGUAAGCAAGGUUUGUGACUUAAGAAAAUGACAAUUCACUUUUUCUUUCCAAAUGAGUUUAUUCCCUUGGAAUUUUUAAACAAAUAAUUAUUUCCACCAUGUCAAUUUAUAGUUAACAGGUUUCAUUAACAGAUGUUUAAACAGGGUAGUGCGAAAAGCCACAGAAGUUAGAAAGUGUUCUUAAGAGCAUAUGUAGCAUUUUAAGCUACUAUACCAUAUAUGCUUUUUUUUUUUUGCGCUUAGGUGAUGCGACAGUGUAGUGCUGCUACAUUUCUAAUAUACUUGUAUUUAAAAUGAUGAAUGACAUGUGGCUCCCAUUUUUCAAUGUUAGUAACUGUGCAUUUUUAGUAUUUGCAGUGCAAACUGUCUAAUUCAUAUAUGCAAUACUCUGCGCAGCCACGACUUCUGUUUUGUUUAGGCAGUGCCAUAACCCUUUUGUUCUCUGACUUAGCCUUUUAGUAUCUGAUCAGUGCUGUAGCAAGCAUUCUUGCUGUAGCAUUAAUUCUAAAUUAUAGACAUAAGUGGGCAAUUAAUUUCAAUGUAAGAAAAAUACAAAAGAGUUGAAAGUAUUGGAUACACCAACCAGAGAAAAAAAUCAAAUAUUGUGUCUUAAUUGUGGGAAUGAUGUAAAAGCAGACAAUAUCAUAAAGUUCAGUCACAACACUGGAACGGAGGAUCCAGUCAUUUUUCAGGUACUGUCAGUUCCAUAAAUAUAUACAUGAUUUUGAUGCUGCUAUGGAGCUUUACUUCCUGUAUGUCAGUUUUGUAGAUUGACCUUCUAUCUGAUUAAGAAAAAGUCCUCUCUGGUGUUAAUGUCAUCCCAAAGAGCCCAAGCCUGAAACCCUUACACAGGCAAAGCUCCCUUUUAUAUCUGUGGGAAUCCAGACUGCAACAUUUGGCUCAAAGAGAGGGCUUACAUUUUCAACCCCAUCCCAAUCCCCAGUUUUGAAGAUUUUCUGCUUGCUGGGAAAUGUAUAGUAUCUUAUUUGGGAAAUGGCACUUCUUGAUAAGAGCACAAGUGACCCCUGGUCAGAUGGUAAGAAUAUUUUCAUUAGUCCACACUAUGGAAAUGUCUUCCAGUUGAUUUGGUGUCAUUCGCAGAUUGUGUUCUACUGUAAUCUUGGUAAGGAAUGAAGUGCAAUGUUUUUGGAUUAUGUUAAUAUCCACAAUGAAUACUAAUCUUCAGAUGUUGAUUAAGUUAAUUAGCAAAAGAUCAAGUUUUAGAAACACAACAGAGACUUGCUUUGGGUUAUUUUAACGGAAUAGUUCCAACUGGAAAAGAAUAAGCAGAUAUCAAUCCUAUAUGUAAGGAUUUGAUUGCACAAACAGCUACCCAUCAGGUUGUGACUAAAAGUUGCUAUAUUGCAGAUUUUUAAAUUGAACAUUGUUUAGUGCAGAACUGACUGGGAAGAAAGUUAAUUAAGUGCAGUUUAGGUUUUAAGCAGCACUGGAGAGGGGAGGAAGCUACAAAUUGAGGGAAUUAAAUGAGGGAUGGAACUUUCUGAUCAUUUCACGAGAAGAAUGAUAUUUGCUGGCUUGCAAACCACUUGUAUGAGCAUUGAUGUCAAAAGUGUACAGUAAAUUCACUUCACACUAAAUGGAUGUGAUGGAUUACAUUAACAAAGCCCGUAAUAGAGUAAGAACUUCACCAUGGCUGUUUUUGUUGUCUUUGAUUCUUCUAAAUGAGUGUAUUCCUGGUUUUAAAAAACAAAUGUAGACACAAUGUAUGUCUCUUUGUUUAAUUAUGAGUACAGGAAGAUCAAUGCUAAACAGUGAACUCUUUGAGCAUUUGAUAGUUGAUUCAGAGUUGUGCACAUUAAAUUACGUGAACCCAUUAACACAUCUUUUCUUUAUCUAAUGGCUUUUGCAUUUUAACUGCACUUGAGAAGACUAUUCUUCUGCAUCAAGGUGCCUCAGUUGCUCUUCUGCUAAUGGAGGCUGGACUGUAUUCCUUUUGCUUCUGUUUUGUCUUCACUGUGUCUGAACUCCUCAUGAAAGACUGACCUAUUCAGAGAACCUCAAGGCAACAUGUAUGUUCAUAAAAGAAAAAACCUUUGCAUGGCAGUCCAUUUGUUCUAAUUUAUCUUAGUAACUUUAUCAUUUGAACUAGGUGACUAUCCGAAUGCUGUAGUAGUUCAAUAAUUCUAAUAGUACACUGUCAGGGUGUCCGUUACAGACCUCUGUUUUCAGGCAUUUCUAAUUUGGCAUUGAAAGCUCUUCAGCGUGAAGGCUUGGCCCAACAGUCAUUUCUUUUUAAAUUUGCUUCCAAUCACAUACUUUCACAAACUACCUUUCUUAAAACUAAACAAGAUAAAGGCACCUGUUUUUAAAAUCUCCUCUGUAUACAGUAAUUAAAUAACAUUUUGCAGUCAUGCUAGUCCAAAAAUGGUCUGAUCAAGAUAUUUGUAUCAACUGGUUCAAAAUGGCAAAAAGUGAUUGUGGCACAUGUGCAGUGACUACUGUUCACAGGUUUGUAUUAUAGAUUUAAAUACACAAGAGGCAUCCUAUGUGCGUAUUUAUGUAAGAACACUUCCAGUCCAUUGGGAAAAUAAAACCUUUAAAAAAAUGUAUAUAAAUAUUAAAUCCUUCAAACAAAAACAAAUCUUUACUGGAAAAAAAUAUACUGAAUGGAGGGGGGGAGAAAGAAAGCAAUUCAUGUUAAGUAGUCCUGGUCUGCAAGUCCUGACACACAAGUGCAUCUAUGGAAGUCAUUAAGACUGCUUUUAGGAAUACAGGUUUGCAGGAUUAGGGCUGGAAUUCUUGACACAAUCUAGGAAAUCCUGGCUGCCAGUCUUGGCUUUUGUGUUUAACCCCUCACCUGAGUUAAGGGGUGGGAUGUUGCUUUUAAGUGUUUUGGAAGUCAGGAAAUAUGAAGUGAGCAGAGAGAGGCCUUAAUUUUUGUUGAACUAAUGUUUGCAAUAUGUAUUGACCUAAAUUUUCAAAAAUUAUUAAUGAUUCUGGAUGCCUCCAUUUUUGGGUGUCCAGUCGGAGACACGUUGAAGACGCCUGACUUUUCAGAAACUGCGAACACUCACUUACUGAAAAUAAGGCCACUUUGAGGUGUCUCCCAUUGGACAACAAAAAAUCAAGACACUGAAAAUCAUUAAUCUCUUUUUGAAAAUUAAGUCACUGACUAAGCUCUUAUUAUAGCAUCAGUAUAACUGCCUGUUUGAAUGACAGAACUCCAAUCAGCAAAAAACAAGGUUGCAUGGGUAGUGAAAUACCGUAUAUACUCAUUAUAAGCCGAAUAUUUUUGGUAAAAAAGUGACGCAUCAAAGAGCGGGGGUUGGCUUAUGAACGGGUCUACACCAAAAUUUGAUGAUUUUAAACUCUAUGGAAUCAUUGAAUUGAAUACCCAAUACAGGGAUUGGCAACCUUUGGCCUGCACCCCACCAGGGUAAGCACCUUGGCGGGCCAGGCCAGUUUGUCUGCUAGUGGGAGCUGCGAUUGGCCAAACCUGUGGAUGUGGCAGGUAAACAAAUUGGCCCGACCCACCAGGGUGCUUACCCUGGCGGGCUGCAGGCCAAAGGUUGCUGAUCUCUGAUCUAAUACAUUGUAGUUUUGUUUACCUGGAGCAUCUGCAGGCAUAGAGUCCCUCAGCUCCCUGUGGCCGCAGUUCGGUGUUCCCAGCCAAUGGGAGCUGUAAGAAGUGGCACAGGAAACAGCAAACUGUGCUGGGAAUGGCAAACUGCAGCCACAAGGAGCUGAGGGGCUCCAUGCCUGCAGACGCUCCAGGUAAACAAAAUGUCCCGGCCCGCCAGUGGCUUACCCUGAUGGGCCAGAAGCCAAAGUUUUCCAACCCCUGAAAUACAGGGUCGGCUUAUGAAAGGGUCAUACAGUUUUUGCUGUUUUUACCUAUCCAUUUUGGGGGGGGGGGGGGUCGGCUUAUAAAUCAAUGGGCUAAUGAAGGAGUAUAUACAGUAAUUGCCCAAAGCUUCAGAGUAAUUUAACUUAUUUGUACAUUCCAAAAAAUGUAUAUAGCUUAGAACAACACUUAAAUUAUGUACAGUUUCUGAAGGAAAGAGUAGAACAUUCUAAAGUAGAUAAUAGAUUUUUACAAUUGAGAGUAAAGGCUCCAGACACAAUUACAACUAUAAAAAGUCUGACAACCUGGGUUUUUAGAUAUCGCUCUGUAACUGCUUGCACCCGGUACCUGUUCUGAGCAGUAGAGACAAGGGAAAUGCAGGCAGAGGGGACACAUUGCUUAAUAUGGGUACUUGUGGCUGUAAAUAUUUCUCUGAUUGCUACAAAUAACCCCAAAGGUUACUAACUAGAGCUGAGAGAUCAGAGGGGGAAAAUGUUGCUCUUUUUUUUCCAGUUUGUUUACUAUGUGCAUUAGAUAGCACUUUGUGUAUAGUCAGCCUCACUGUUUCUCAGGGCUAGUAAGAAAUUGUUUCCUCCUGUCAUUUUGAGUGGAUCUUUCAAAUGGCAGUACGGGACAGGAAGAAAAAAUAGCAAAAUGUGAUUGCACACUCACAACCAUUUGCAGAAGGAGAUUCAGACAGGCAGAGUGUUGAAACAAUUUGUAAUUCACUCUUAAAAACUGACCAUUUCAAAUUGACUGUACCCUUUAAGACACUGAGGUUGACACCCUCUUGACCUCAUUCCUAUCCCCUUUGAGCAGCUGCAUAAAAAUCAGUGUAUGUUAGCAAAACUGGUUUCCUGCAACGGAUGAAUGAGUGCUAAAGGGUAAGUGUGGAUGCAGGGUUUUUUUGGAGCAAUACAUUAGAUAUUAUAACACUGUUUGGCUUUGGCACAAUCUGAUGGAGGCCACUCUGUAUGCUUAUCCCUCCUCUUAUGACCCAAACAGCUAUAGUGAUUUGUAAUAUUUAGCUUAGCCUGUUAGGAUGUAACAAGUUGUUGUAGCCAUGUUGAUCCCAGGAUAUGAGAGAGAAAUGGUGGGUGAGGUCAUAUCUUUUAUUGGACCAACUUCUGUUGGUGGAAGGUACAAGUGUUCAAACUACACAAAGCUCUUCAUUGGGUGUUUGAGCUAAAUACAGGUCGGGAUUUUUGUUUGUAGUUAGUUCCAACUUUUUAGCUCAGGCACUCUGCUUCCUCCAGACCUGAAGAAAAGCUCUGCAGAGCUUGAAAGCAUGUACCUUCCACCAAUAGAAGUUGGUCCAGUAAAAGAUAUUAUCUCACCUUGACACUCUCAGGACUUAACAAAUGACUCUACAGGAAAAAAAGUUGUUCUACUGAAAGCCGUAAUAGGCGUAGUACUGGCACACCAUUUAUUAGCUCGAUGACUUAAAGUUCUUAAUAGAUAUUAAACUGCUACUAAAGUUAAUGUGGUAGAAAAGGAAAUCAAAUCAUAAAUCUUUUGCUUUUAAUUUCAUACUCAUUACAUUGACUCUGAAAUCUUGUAUAGUGUCUUAUUCUUACAGUACAUUCAUUAAAGUGGUACUUCCCCCUAACUUGCAUUAAAAUUCUUUUAAAUGCCAAUGGUUGCUAAUUUCUUACUUGUUUCACGGCCCUCCUUUAUAAUACAUAGCCGCUAUCAUAUGCUAGUUGACUGAUUCAAAAAGUUUAAUAUCACUAUUUUAGUGUAUAAUGGCUGUCAAAUGGGCACGUUCUGUGUGUUUAUACCUGAUGUUCAUGUCUCUAUUCACUGUCCCAGUAAAUUUAAUACAGAUUGCUUGCUAGCAGAAUGGUUGUUCCAAUACUCUGUGAUGAUUAGAUCAAAACUCCCAAAUAUGGUCUCUUAAAUUUUAAGAUAUGCUUACAUGAAAUACAGUUUUUGUCUUACUUCUGUGUGCUGUUUAAAUGUUGGCAGAGAAACCUACAGUUCCUUAAAGUUUUUAUCUCAAAUUCACUGAUGGCCUCAUUUUUGUUUUAUCUUACUCUUAAGAGGUAACAUGGUAAAUUUCAGAAAGCUUAGCAGCUCUUUCUAGAGUUUAACCCUUGCUUUGCUUGAGUCCUGAACCUUGAUUUUUAAAUCUUUCUGUGAAAUCAUGGCUUGCUAUAUUUUGAGGGGAAAGGACUGCAGUGCACACACUGCAUGUGUUGUGUGUGUGGAGGGGGGAAAAUAUGUUGAAAAAACUGGAAGUGUAAUUCUUGUUGCACAUAACUAGGUUGGUGCUUUCACUGUUUUGUUUCCCACCAGUAAUUUCACCUGCAUGUAAAACAUGAUACAUUAAAAAAAUUUAAAACGAAAGUCAUGGUGGUCUCAGUGCUCAAAGGGGUUAACUGCAGUUUAAUAACAGCUGAUGUUUUUAGAUUUGCAGUACACAACUGUUUAAAUACUGUAUUCCUUGUAAAUGAAGUAAAAAAAAAAUGUUAAGGCUGGUGCCAAUAUUUUUGUUAAUGAAAUGUUCAUUGUUGUCUCUCACUACAGUCUGGUCAGAACUCUUUGUGUAUAAGCUGGGCCUGAAGCCAUUUUAUAGCUUGUAGGCCUAAUUGUGUAACUUUUUCUUUCAUAAUGUUUUUGUUAUAAUAUCUACUGUCAUUUCUUUCAUAUAAAUAUGACAUGUAAAUUGUCAUAAUAAAAAAAAUUAAAUAAC